UUGCGAUCGCAUAAUACAGUCGUGUGUAAGCCCAUUAUAAUUACGCCUAUUUACUUCGUUUGUAGUCAGCGUCGUGUCUCUUAUUUAUAUAUUACAGUUCAUAAUCAUUCCCCACCAUUCCCGACAUCUACAGACUCCCUCAGAUCGUCACCAAAUACCCAGUCGCAGACUACAGAAUAUCUCUGUAUUAUCAUGUCUGCCUUUAAUCGACCAGUCAAGCUAACCGUGAUCAGCGAUGUGAUAUGUCCAAACUGCAACAUUGGCCAGCACGAAUUAAUUGGGGCAGUUUCCUACUGCCAGGACACCCUGCACCUUCCAUUAACCUUUGAAAUCGAGUUCUUGCCCUUCAGGCUCAUUCCUACCCGUAUUCUUCCCGACGAAAACACGCCGAAAGUUUCCAAGGAUGAAUUCUUUACUAGUACUGUAGGCAAAGAACCUUGGGCUGCAAUGCAGGCGAGUAUUAUGAAAUGGUCGCAAGAGAAAAACAUACCUAUAGCCUUUAAAGGUCUUGUCAGCCAAUCAACAAGAGCUCAUCGUCUCUCCCGCAAAGCCUACCAAAUUGGUGGCCAGAAUAAGCAGCUGCCAUUCCUUUGUGCUGUUUUCCGCGCGUACUUGGAAGAAGGGAGAGAUGUUGCUGACCUUGACGUGCUUUCGGACAUCUCUGAACAGACCGGCGUCAUGUCAAAGCAGGAGGCUCUUGAUUUCUUACAUUCUGAUGAACUACUUGAAGAAGUCAAUACUAUGUGUGAAAAGGUCAGGUCGAAGGUUACUGGUGUGCCCAUGACCAUCAUCGACGGAAAGUGGUGCGUACAAGGAGGCCAGUCUUCCGACGUAUUCAUUCAGAUUUUCAAGAAACUCGCCUACACUGGAGUGAGCGCUGCGCCGUCUCCGUUCGCAGCCCCGGUGGUAGCUCUUACUGUCUGAAAUACCAUAAUACCUUCAAUAUCGGAGUAUCGUGUUUCAUUCGUCCGGGCUUUCUAACUUUUACUAAUUUUCCGACAUUUUAUUUUCCGGCUGUGUCUCCUUAUCUGCACUAUGUAAUCGUUCUUUUUAUUUUUCUAGUCUACUUCAAGUGACAAUCUUCUAUUGGAGCUGUAAGUCGUGUAUGGCUAGCACUGGCCCGUCAAUUCAUACCAAAAUAACCUCAUGGUUAUGUGUUUACUAUGCGGGUACGGGUUUACAAAUGUCUGUCACCGAGCGACCCCCGAAACUACACUUAGUAUCUUUUUUCUCUUGUUCCCCUCUUAGAAAUCGAUAUGCCCGAAACUUUCACUGAAUUCCCAAGCGGGAGGACGACAUGCGCCACAACUCGAGGCAAAGAAA